AUGAAAGAAGUUCGCUGUCGAACAUUUUCACAUUGGUCUCAUCAGAAAGUACUAUCUCGAACACAAAUGAUUUCGGCUGGAUUUUUUUAUUGUAAUUUUGGUGAUCGUGUCAUUUGUUUAUAUUGUAAUUUAAUUUGUCAACAAUGGACACCACAUACUGAUGAUCCAGAGGAAGUACAUCAAACUCUUUCAUCUUUAUGUCCAUAUGUUUUAUUUAUUUUAAAAACUCGUCAAAUAUCAACUGCAUCAAUUAUUAAUGAUAGUUCGAAUAAUCGAACAUUAAAAUCUAAUCGAUUGCGAUUUAAUGAAAUAGUUCAAGCAUCAGCAUUUCAUCGAGCCUAUGUUGAAAUUUCAAAACGUCAAUCAUCAUUUAAUUCUUGGCCUCAAGAAGACUUACCUUCUGUAGAUGAUCUUGUUCGAGCAGGAUUUUUUUAUACUGGCUCAAAAACAAUUGUUAUCUGUUUUUAUUGUAAUGGAUCACUUCAAAAUUGGGGUUCAAAAGAUAAUCCAUUGAUUGAACAUGUACGUUGGUUUCCACUUUGUCCCUAUGUUAAACAAUUAUGUGAUGAUGAACUAUAUCGAAAAAUUCAAGAAUCAAAACGAAUUCAUCAAGAACGUGUUGAAAUAAAUCAAAUAGAGAGAAAUGGAAAUUUUUCCAAUGAUCAUCGAAUGAAAAAUUCUCAACUAAUGAUUCCUGAUGAGAACACAUUGUCACGAUUUGUUGCUGCUCGACUCGAUUUGCCUAUUUCACAAAGUUUACUCAAUCGAAAUUUCAAAUUAUCAGUUAUCAAACGUUGUUGGGAGGAUCAACUAAGAUUAAAACAAAAUGAUUUUGCUACUGAUUGUGAUUUAUUAAUUGCUUGUAUUAUUCUUCAAAAACAAAUCGAUCAUAUCAAUGGUCGUCAAGAAAACAUUAUUUGUACCGAGUAUCAAGAUGAAAAUGAUUCGUGA